AUGACGCGUCGUCUGCGUGGACAUCACGCGCAACGCGCCGUCGCUCGCCUCGGCGCCGUUGCGCUCGCGCUCGCGCUCACGCGCAGCCACGCGUUCGUUCUCGGCGUCGAGGCGAGCGAGGAAUGCGCGCGCGUCGAACCCGUCGAUCCUUUCGAUCUCGACGCGUACGUCGAGGCGGAGUGGUACGUCGCGGCGCAAAAACCGACGUCGUAUCAACCCACUCGCGAUCUCUUCUGCGUUCGAGCGAACUACACGGUUGUGGACGAGCGAACGAUUUCGAUUUGGAACACCGCGAACCGAGACGGCGUGGACGGAAGUCCGCGGAACGCCGACGGAAGGUUCAAGCUUCGCGGCUUGAUCGAGGAUCCGAACAUGCCGUCAAAGAUUGCCGUUGGAAUGAGGUUUUUGCCUCGGUUUCUGUACGGGCCGUACUGGGUCGUCGCCACAGAUGUCUCUCCGGGCGAUGCGGAGUUCGAUGAGCGAGGAUAUAGCUGGGCCAUCAUCUCUGGUGGACAACCAACGAUCUCGAGAGGUAACGGGCUGUGCGAACCGUCCGGAGGACUUUGGCUUUUCGUGCGUGAUCCAGAAGUUUCCGAGGAGGUCGUGUCAAAGAUGAAGGAAAAGUGUGAGUCUCUCGGAAUCGAUCCAGAUGUGCUCAUUCCCGUGACCCAAGAGGGUUGCUCCUUUCCAACUCUGCCAUGA